AUUGGAUCCGAAGUUCCCAGAGAUGAUCCUCAGUGGGAUCGGCCAUUCUAUGGCCUCAACACUUGGCCUAAUCCUGAUGUUUUGCCUGGGUGGCGAGAGACAAUGGAGGAAUACCAUCAAGAAGCAUUGAGGGUUUGUAAGGCUAUUGCAAAACUAUUGGCAUUGUCGCUUGACUUGGAUGCAGAUUACUUUGAUAGCCCUGAGAUGCUUGGGAAGCCUAUUUCAACUUUACGCUUGCUGCACUAUGAAGGAAUAUCGGAUCCCUCAAAAGGAAUAUAUGGAACUGGAGCACAUUCCGAUUAUGGGAUGAUUACACUCUUAGCAACAGAUGGUGUAAUGGGACUCCAGAUAUGCAAGGAUAGGAACGCUAAGCUUCAAAAGUGGGAAUAUGUGCCGUCGAUUGAAGGAGCAAUUGUUGUGAAUCUUGGUGAUAUGAUGGAGCGUUGGAGCAACGGUCUUUUCAGAUCAACAUUGCACCGGGUUAUUUUAAAUGGACAGAGUCGAUAUUCAAUUCCAUUUUUCGUGGAACCGAAUCACGACUGCAUAAUAGAGUGUCUUCCAACUUGCCAGUCCGAAAACAAUCUUCCCAAAUAUCCAGCGAUCAAAUGUUCGGCGUAUCUCACCCAACGUUACGAAGAAUCGCAUUUGAAGUUCAGCAGCUACAAAAAACAAACUUGAGUGAAGUUUGUUCUCCACCGUCUUUCCAUUAUCCUUGGUUUUCAAGUUGAGUUGAUUGUCUUUCAGUAUUUUCAUGGUUUUGGGUUUGGCUUGUUUUGUUGUUCACCAAGGAUAUAUGUGUGACACCCGUCACUUCGAAAUUAAUAAAUAAUAAUUUCUGAAAUCUCUAUU